AUGGCGCCAUCUGGGGCACGCGCCGUCACCGAGAUCGUGAUCCAGAUCCGAUCGGACUCGUGGACCCUAGACCCCAUCAAUCCUCCGCCGGGGCCUCGUGUGCGGGCCGUUCCGACCUCCUCAGUUGUCAUGCGUCUCAAGAUGACAUGGUUCGGCUGGGGAAAGACGGGGCGAGGCGACUCGAUUGAUGCCGCUUGCAAGAGCCCCAAUGCGCCACCUGCAGAUGACGCGCCGAACGCCACAAAGCCGUCGACGUGCGAGUAG